AUGACCAUGGCUGAGAUAACCACCAUCGCUGCUUUGUACCUGCUCUGGAAGUCCCAGAUGCGUCGGAGGGCCAAACGCUGUCGUUUUUGGGUUCACCCUAUCCUGCAGAAGUGCAUCCAGCUCGGCGAGUUUCACCACCUCCUCCAGGAACUCCGUCUGGAUGAUAGCCGCUUUCAGCGGUACUUCAGGCUUACUGGAGCCCAGUUUGAGGACCUGUUGGCGAGGGUUGGUGCCAGGAUCUCCCGGCAGGACACCAACUACAGGCGCUCCAUUUCAGCUGCGGAGCGCCUGUCCAUCUGUCUCCGAUACCUGGCCACUGGUGACUCCUUCAGGACCAUUGCAAACAGUUUCCGCGUUGGGGUCUCCACUGUUUCCCUGAUAGUUCCAGCUGUAGUCACAGCUAUUUGGGAUUGCCUCGUGGAGGAGUUCAUGGCUGUGCCCACCACAGAGGAGUGGAGGUCCAUCGCAGAGGGGUUUGAGGAGCGGUGGAAUUUUCCUCUCUGCUGUGGCGCUGUGGAUGGGAAGCAUGUGGUCCUGAAAGCCCCUGCACAUUCGGGAUCCCAGUACCACAACUACAAGGGGACAUUCUCAAUAGUCCUCCUUGCUGUUGUGGAUUCCCGGUAUUGCUUCAGGGUGAUCGAUGUCGGGGGCUACGGCAGGACCAGUGAUGGCGGUAUCCUGGCCAACUCAGCCUUUGGUCGAGCGCUUCGCUCUGGUACCCUCCAGCUGCCUGCUGACCGGCUGUUACCAGGAGCUGACCACAGGGGACCCCAGCCACAUGUGUUUGUCGCGGAUGAGGCCUUUCCACUCCGGAGAAACCUCAUGAGGCCAUUCCCCGGGCGCACACUUACCAGAGACCGGCGGAUCUACAACUACCGUCUGUCCCGGGCACGGCUGGUGGUGGAGAACGCCUUUGGGAUCCUUGCAUCCCAGUGGCGGAUGUACCGGCGUGCCAUGGAGCUCCAGCCCGACAUUGCGGAGAAGUGUGUGAAGGCGACCUGUGUCCUGCACAACUUCCUGCGGAAGACGACCCCAGCGCCUGCAAUGAGGGGGAGCAUCUCCGAUGGUGUGGUGGAGCCUCUGCCAGGUCUGGGAAGACUGGCUGCGAACAACUCAGCAAGAGAGGCCAUCAGGGUUCGGGAGACCUUCGCAGCUUACUUCUCGGCAGAGGGAACGGUCCCGUGGCAGGCCAACGUCUAGUGUGCAAGCACUCACAAAACGGCUCUUUUAAGAGCCACCUACACAUUACUACUGAGCAAACAUCCUGCAAUAUUUAUUUUCUUUUGUGUACUUUAUGUUAAAAGCUUCUGCACAGCUGGAACCUACAGAAUACAGUACACAAUGUUCUGUGUGUGCAAUAAAUAUAUGAAAUCAGAUGAGAAUUGUUUCUGUAGGAAAGAAGACGAAA